AUGUUAAAGAAACGACGACUUCUCCGGCGAGAAGUCAAAUAUUCAGAUGUGAAAGAUGAAGAAUUUAACAUGCUCCACCAGCUUGACUUUCAUGCUCAACAAAUUCAAUUUUUCACCUGCCUUUGGGACAAACGCGACUGGAUGAAAACAGUUGUUGCCCAUCAUCUCAACUUGGCAUCGCCCUCUCGAUGUGAGGUUUCAGCGGUUGAGGAUUGGCUCCAUGGUAGUUUCAGUGUUUGUGUGCCAAUAACUAUUAUCGACCAGCAAAAAUUCCAGGUUCUUCUUCGAUUCCCUCUUCCAUACCGUGUGGGCGAGGCUUUCAAUCCAGGAGUGGACGAGAUUACUCCAGCAGAAUAUGAUCCUAUCCGCCAGGAAUUCAUGGAGGCCUUGAUCAACGAGGAGGAACAGCUCGACUUGGAUAGUUUGAUCAAACAUGAUCACGUAACAUCACAGUUGUCUCUUUCAGUAAUCAUGAAUAACACAUGGGAAUCAGGAGGAUUCUGGUAUACAUUGGGAAUGUCAAGUCCCUCGGGCUUGUUCACUAUUUUUAGCCACCAGAUCAAGCCUUUAUUUUUUUGCACUGAAGAUUAUGACGAAGAAUUUGGUGUGGUAAUGCCCUUUCUCUUUGAAAAGAACGUUGGAGCUGUUGCAGGUCGUAAACUUGCAGACAAAAAGAAAUAUGACGAGGAUCUGCAACGUGCCUUCGAAGGCCAUGCAGAAACAGAAUAA